AUGAAUAUGCUCAUUGUCAUAGCGUCGUUAGCAUCGUUAUGCAGUUUUGCUAAUGGUGCUACAGAAACUAUAAACGUUUGCAAUGUUCCGAUGCCGACCGGAAUGCCAGCAGGAGCAAUCGUACAAAGACCUUCAGUACCUGUUGACAACUGCCAAGAUCGUGAUGCAUUAGCUUGCUUUGAGUUAUUCAAACCUGAGGAUGCAGCUGAUGCGCUUGGAAGGAUAAUAAAUGAGAAUCCGACAACUUUAUCAUCUCCAACACAAAAUUGUAAAGACGAAAGACAAGGCUGUGCCGCAAUUAGAGCAUCGAAUAGCUGUGGCGGUGUAUUUCGAACAACAAUGAUGCAACAAUGCGCACGAACGUGUGGUUAUUGCACGUAG